AUGAAUGCAAUUGUGACUAGAAGUGGGAAGGUUUUGAAUGAUGGGGCUACGUCUAGUGAUGUUCCUAAGUCCAAUGUGGGUGGUAAUGGGGUCGUAGGGGUUCUUGAUGAUGAUGAUGUAGAUCAUGUUGUGUCCCCAAAGGAGGUUGAGACGGAUGAUUCAAGGCCAAAGGAGGCCACUCCACUCCAACCUCUUAUUCCUAAACUCCCCUUUCCUCAAAGAUUUGCUAGACAAAUACUAGAUGCCCGUUUUGCUAAGUUUCUAGAAAUGAUAAGCAAGUUGCAUAUGACCAUCCCCUUUACGGACGCAAUCAAGCAAAUGCCUACCUACUCUCGAUUCCUCCAGGAAAUCUUGAGUGGAAAAAGGGAUUGUGACGUAAAGGAGACAGUGAAUCUCAUCGAGAUUUGUAGUGCCAUUAUUCUUAACCAAAUGCCACCCAAACUCAAGGAUCCGGGUAAUUUCUCUAUCCCUUGUGCUAUUAAGACGCUUGAAAUUGGCAAUGCCUUGUGUGAUUUGGGUGCUAGUAUUAGUUUAAUGCCUUAUUCGGUGUUCACUAAGCUUGAAGUUGUUGAUCUUGUCCCAACCAACAUUAUAUUGCAACUUGCCGACCGUUCGGUCAAAUAUCCUAUUGGCAAGAUUAAGGAUGUACCCUUGAGAGUUGGGAAAUUUGUGAUCCCCGUCGAUUUUGUUGUGCUUGAUAUUGAUGAGGACGUUCAUGUCCCAAUCAUUCUUGGUCGACCUUUCUUGGCCACGAUGGGGGCUAUUAUUGAUGUUAAGCAAGGGAAGAUCACCUUGAAGGUUGGGGAGAAUAGUUUAGUUUUUGAUUGGAAUCAAACCAUGAAUUGUCCUAGUUCUUCUAAUGAAAAUUGCUUCUUUGUUGACUCUUUCGAUCCCAUUGUGCAUGAAAUGCAUGAGAAAUUGCUCAUUACUAAUGAUCUCCUUGAGCUUGCUAUUUUGAAUAGAGAAGGCUUAGGAGAUGUAGGGAUUUAA